AUGGCCGCAUCUCAGGCUUCAAACGCAACCGAUGGCGUUCAGAAACCCAACUUCCUUGUCAUUGUGGCAGAUGACCUCGGCUUCAGCGACCUCUCCUGCUUUGGUGGAGAGAUCAGGACCCCGAACAUUGACAAGAUAGCGAGCAAUGGUAUUCGCUUCACCGACUUCCACGCAGCUGCAGCAUGCUCACCCUCACGUGCCAUUGUGCUGAUCGUCUUUACAGGNAUCAUGACCGGAACAGAUCAUCACAUCGCGGGUCUAGGAAACCUCAUUGAAUGGACUAAUAUAUCUGGCCAGAAUGCACCAGCAGAAGGGAAUGCCAAACGCUUUGAUACCGCUCCUCAGAGAGGCAUGCCCGGAUACGAAGGCUAUCUCAAUGAAAGAGUUGCCACAUUGCCAGAGAUCCUGCAAGAUGCCGGAUAUUCGACUCUGAUGUCCGGUAAAUGGCACCUCGGUCUGACACCUGAGCGUAGUCCAAAAGCAAGAGGCUUCGAAAGAAGUUUUGCACAUCUUCCCGCGUGCUCAAACCAUUACGCCUAUGAGCCCCAUCUCCAAACACCCGACAAGAUUCCCGAAUUCAUGACUAUGUCGUUUAUUGCUCUCCAUUCUGAGGAUGGCGAGUAUGUGAAGAAGCUGCCUGAUGGGUGGUACAGCAGCAACGGUUAUGGAGACAAGAUGCUCUCGUAUUUGAAAGAGCGUAAGGAGAAGAAGGAUGAAAGACCCUUCUUCGGCUACCUUCCUUUCACAGCACCCCACUGGCCACUUCAAGCUCCUGAUGAGUACAUAGCUCACUAUAAAGGUGUCUAUGAUGAUGGGCCGGAAGUCUUGAGACAAACCCGUCUGCAGAGAAUGCAGGAGAUCGGUUUGAUCGCUCGUGAUGUCGAAGCACAUGAAGUGAUCGCGGACGAGGUCAAAGCUUGGGAUGCUCUGACGCCUGAGGAAAAGGCCAAAUCUGCCAAAGCAAUGGAAGUCUUUGCUGUCAUGGUGGAAUGCAUUGAUGCCAAUGUUGGCAAGGUCGUUGACUAUCUCGAAGAGAUUGGAGAGCUCGACAAUACAAUGGUCUGUUUCAUGUCUGACAAUGGUGCUGAGGGUGCAGCCUACGAAGCAUACCCUAUUGUACAGGGUGAAAUGAUGCAACACCUGAAGAAGUACUAUAACAACUCGAUCGAUAACAUCGGUCGUGGUGACAGUUUUGUCUGGUAUGGACCACGAUGGGCCCAAGCAGCAACAGCACCGAGUCGCCUCUACAAGGCCUUCACCACAGAAGGUGGUGUUCGUGUACCCUUCGUUGUACGCUUCCCUGCAAACAUCGAAACUCGUUCUGACGGCUUCGUUGAUGGUCCUGUAGAGGUUGCUAGUUCUGGUUCUCACGUCAGCGUCGAGAAAGGCAGCAUUACUCAUGACUUUGCCACCGUCAUGGACCUCUGUCCCACGAUCCUUGAGAUGGCAGGUGUCAGACAUCCAGCACCUACCUACAAAGGUCGCGAAAUUGUGCCCAUGCGUGGUCAGAGCAUGCUGUCCUUCGUUGAAGGUCGCACUCACUCAACUCAUCCUGAGGAUCAUAUCACCGGCUGGGAGACGUGUGGCCGUGCAGCCGUUCGCUGCGGCGACUGGAAAAUAGUCUUCAUUCCCAAGCCCAAAGGCCCCGAGAAGUGGCAACUGUACCACCUCUCUCAGGACCCUGGCGAGAUUCAUGAUCUUGCCGAACAAGAGCCUGAACGUCUGGCUCGCAUGAUAAAGAUGUGGGAUCAGUACGUGCUUGAGACCGGUGUUAUCCCGCUAGCCCCAGAGCUUGGUGCAUUCCUCGAGGCUACCGAAGCACAGAUGCCUGAAAAUGCAUGGAUGGAGUACGAGUAUUGGAAGNNGGAUGGGGCUAGAGAUGAGCCUGAGAAGUUCUUCAGACAGCCUCCCCGAUUCCAGAGAACCGUCCAGCCCAUAUAA